AUGCCAUCCAUCACAAAGCUAGCCCUCACAGCUCUAGCAGCAACGACAACCUUCGCAACUGGAAUCAACGAUUUCAACUGCAAAUCCGACUCAAACCCCGUCGUCUUCCUACACGGUCUAGGAGCAACCUACUAUGAAGACAUCAACUUCCUCCAAUACUGGCUGCAAGCCAAGGGCCACUGCACCUACGCGCAAACCUACGGCGCCUACGACGGCUUCCCAUUCCUGGGCGGAUUGAAGCACAUCAACGAAAGCGCUCCCGAGAUUGCUGCCUACAUCAAAGAAAUUGUCGCCAAGACCGGCAAGUCCAAGGUUGACCUUGUCGGUCACUCCGAGGGUGCCUUCCAGUCGCUUUACGUACCCAAGUUCGAGGGUGUUGCCCAUCUUAUUGAUAAGAUUGCUGCUAUUGCGCCGCCGACGCAUGCUACCUCUUUUGCGAACCUGUAUGAUAUUGCCUACCUGCUAGGUAAUACCUCGCGCCAGGCUGUUGGAGAUGUCCUCGAUCUCUUUGGCUGUGGUGCUUGUAAUGAUCUUGGUCCUGAUGGUGCUGCUGUGCUGAGGUUGAAUGAUGGGAAGCCUAUUGUCCAGCCUGGGAAUAAGGUUACUAUUAUCGCUUCUAAGUAUGACGAGAUGGUUACGCCUCCUGAGACUUCGUUUGUGCAUGAGGAUGGUGUUGUCAAUCGAUGGAUUCAGGAUACUUGUCCGCUUGAUCCUGUUGGUCAUAUUGGGGAGGCUUAUGAUUUGAAUGUUUGGAACUUGGUUCUAAAUGUUCUUAAUGAGACUCCUGAUCGGAAGUUUGUUUGUUUGCUUGGUUCGCCUGGUAAAUAA